UACAAUAAGAGAUGACGUCAUUCUGCAACAGACGGUGUUUCGGACGUUUUUGAAAGAAGUUAACGACGUUCGCCAAUAUGAAUGUGUGCAGUCUGGUUUUGUUCCUCAGUGCCCUUUGCGCAUCCUUCAACUGGAGUGGAGCUAAUUCUCCGCUGCAAAGAAACGCCCAGCAGUUUAUGAUGAAAAGAUAUAUGGAUUAUAUGCUAAGAGAUUCAAAAUGGAAUUGGAAACACAAGAAAACAUACGCUAUCGUGAAAACUGGGAUGGGAUUUGCUGAUAUUGACGUUGUUUCCAAAUACAGAUUAGAGGGCCUUACAAGCGUGACCCCCAGACGUCCCCCAAGACCAGAGCUAAGACCCCCUAGGCCAAUGGGCGGGAAAAAAUGGCGAACAAGGAAGCCCAAACCACCACCAAAACCAGAGACCCCCAAACCACCACCACCACCAAAACCAGUGACACCUAAACCGGGUGUAAAGAAAUCCAUAACAGUCAACCGGGCAGGUAUGCUUGGCUGCUACCAGGACUCUAAGAGAAGGGUUUUUUCUGGACGACCAAUGUUGAGUAAACACAUGACAGUCGGCCGCUGUAAACAAAGAUGUGCGGGAGAAAAAAAAAAAUUUUACGGUCUUCAACAUGCUAAUGAGUGUUAUUGUGGGAAUACCAUGCGGUUCAAGAUAAGUAAACCAAUGAAAGAAUGCAUGAUGAAAUGUAAGGGAAGUAACGAGGCUUGUGGAGGCCCUUGGAGGCUCUUGAUUUACAGAAACCCGAAAUACCCCAGCUCAGGUGAUUACUACUAA